CUAACUCAACCUCUUACAUCUCUCUUCAGUUCCUCUCUUUCACUACAGUACAUCCUUACAGCAAGAGUCACGGCUCAUCGGAGGCUAAGACAACUCGAAAACAUGCAUUGAUCUCGUAACGCUCCUCGGCGCUUGUCUCCAUCUGCCCACCAAAAUGACCGACACCACACUGCAGUCAUGGGAGUAUCUGGAGACGCUCCCAGGCACCCAGUUUUACCGACUGUACAGAAGUCCAGCAUCCGCCCUCGCCAUCUUCAGGAAGCGGCUGUCCAGUCUGGCAAAGUCCUUCGUCAUGAUGCUGCUCUACAUGCCUCGGCCGAUGCCAAUCAAGCAACUGGAGCUGUUUGUCAACGACAACAGCAGAGGAGAACGUGAACACGCCCUCGAUCUUCUCCAUCGCUAUCACAUCUUCAGAGACGUCACUUUCAACUCGACCAAAGCUUACAGCCUCACUCCAGACUUUGCCAAGUCUCUUCGGGGAGCACUGACCGGGGCAGGCGAUAGGAAAUCGUUCGGUCAGGUAGCAAACGUGCCGGCAAACCUAAAGGUCACCAUACCAAAACUGGACGAAUACUCGCGUCAGCGAUGGGAGGGCAUACUGGGUUACAUGGUAGGGUCAUCAUCUACACCAUUAGAUGCUGAACAAGCGGCCAUCGAGCCCUCGCCGGGAGUCAUCGAGCUCUUGAAGGCUGGCCAUCUCAUCGAACUCUCUGGCACUUACAGUCGUGGGCAAACCGCAAAGAUCACCAAAGAAGGUUUUGCAUUUGUGCUUCAAGACAUCAACACGCAGAUAUGGGCGCUAUUGUUCCUGUACGUCGACAACGCCGAAGUCUUCGAAAUGGACAAAGUUGACGUUCUAUCCUUCCUAUUCUUGGUGUCAUCCCUCGAACUUGGUCUGGCAUACUCGACCGCCACCCUCGACGAAACCCAGCAACGAUGUCUGUCUGAUCUCGUCUCAUUCGGCAUCGUCUACCAACCAAUGCGAAGCGACGGAACGCCCUCCGACUUCUUCUACCCUACUCGCCUAGCCACGACUCUGACGUCCGACUCGAGCAGUGCCCUUUCAGCAACCAACACCACCAUCGGCUCCUCGCUGUCCCCGUCCGCCGCUGGCUCGGCAAAAGGAUUCAUCAUCGUCGAGACGAACUACCGCGUCUACGCCUACACUUCAUCACAACUUCAGAUAGCCUUGUUAUCGUUGUUCGUCAACCUGCGCUCUCGCCACCCCAAUUUGGUCGCCGGCAAAAUGAGCAAAGCCUCGGUCCAACGUGCCGUGCAGGCAGGAAUUACGGCCGAGCAGAUAAUCUCGUACCUGACAGCCCAUGCGCAUCCCCAGAUGCGACGGCACGCACAGGCCGAGCAGGCUCAACUACAGGCCCGAAGCACCGACCCAAUCCGCGUCGUCCCCGUUCUGCCCGCCACCAUCCUCGACCAAAUCCAUCUUUGGCAACUCGAACGAGAUCGCAUGACGACGACACACGGCUUCCUCCUGAAAGAUUUCUCGAACAACGCCGACUACGAGGCACCGUGUCGAUACGCAGACGAGACCGGCGUCCUGGUCUGGAAGAAUGAUAGGAAGCGGAUGUUCUUCGUGAAUCGCAUUGAAGGUGUGCGGUCGUUCAUGGCGGAUAGGAGGACCAGUGCUCAAGGAUGAUAUAUUGGAGAAGACUAGCAAGCAGUGGCUAGCCCUUUCAAGCUUUCACCCUCUGGAUCAGGCACGUUCAGAUAUGGCUACACGGGUCAACCUUGCGUCCAAUUCGGCCACUUUCGAACACACCCAGACAAGCAGAUCGGAUGCAGCG